AUGGAUUCGAUUCAGGGAAGUUCAGUUUGCGCACAGCAGCAGAAGAUGGUGAUUCCGAACAGUCACAAGGAGAAGCUCGUGGGUCUGCUUCACGAAACUGGUUCGAGAGAAAUUGUGGUCUUGUGUCAUGGAUUUCGAUCCAACAAGGAUAACCAAAUUAUGAAUAAUGUGGCUGCUGCUAUAGAGAAAGAAGGGAUCAGCGCUUUCCGUUUUGAUUUCUCUGGGAAUGGAGAGAGUGAAGGCAGUUUCUAUUAUGGUAACUAUAACCAUGAAGCUGAUGAUCUACAUUCCGUUAUCCAGUACUUCUCUAACAUCAACCGUGUGGUUCCUAUAAUUCUCGGGCACAGUAAAGGAGGUGAUGUGGUCCUCCUCUAUGCCUCGAAGUAUCACGAUAUCCACAAUGUAAUCAAUCUCUCGGGACGUUAUGAUCUGAAAAAAGGCAUAGUAGAGCGUCUUGGGGAAGAUUUUUUGGAAAGAAUUAAGCAACAAGGAUUCAUUGAUGUUGAAGAUGGAAAAUCCGGGUACCGUGUUACUGAGGAGAGCUUAAUGGAAAGGUUAAACACUGAUAUGCAUGAAGCUUGUCUCAAGAUUGACAAAGAAUGCAGGGUCUUGACAAUUCAUGGAUCAGCUGACGAGGUAAUACCCGUGGAAGAUGCGAAGGAGUUUGCGAAGAUCAUACCGAACCACAAGCUGGAAAUUGUGGAAGGAGCUGAUCAUUGUUAUACCAAACAUCAAAGUCAAUUGGUUUCAACAGUUAUGGAAUUCAUAAAGACAGUGAUUGUGAAGAACAACUAG